GCAAAAGAAGUGGUUUUGCCGCCCAAUCCACACCCAAACAGGGAAAGGCAAAGAAAAGUUUGGAGAAAGGGAGAGAUUUUCAGGGAGAGAUGGGAGCAGCGACGAGGAAGAAGGUGCAGAGGAAGUUCAAGAUCAGAGGUUAUACCCUUAAAGUGGAAACCCUAGACGAGAUCCUUUCUUUCUUGAGCCACUUCCAAGACGCUGAAGAUGAGGCCAUCGAUCUCCUCCUCGACGAGCUCGAAAACGAAUCUUUGAAAUCUUCUAUAUUAGAUAAAGAAUCAGUGCAUCGGGUCGUCAGCCUCCUAUUGGAGGCAGAAGCAGCAGUUGAGGAAACUCCCGGGGCCAUCAGUACUCGAUCUGCACUUCGCAUAGUUGAUGCUUUCUUGAUGUCUAAAUUUUGUUAUGAUCCAAUAAAAAAGAUCUUCUAUGAGAAUACAGGGAGGCUUGCAAUUCACGGUGAUGCUUCUGCCAAAUCUGCUUUAUACAGAAAUAGGUUUCUGUUGUUGUUCCAGAGGCUUUCUCGUGAUCAGCACUUUUCUAAACCUGCAUUUGAUACUGAAAUGUCUCAUUUUGGAAGCUGUGAGAUAUCACCAAUUCAGUCUUUGAUUGGGCAAACGGGCAAGAGAUGGGUGAUGGGUGUUAUAUCUCAGUUGGAAGAUGGCCAUUUCUUCUUGGAAGAUCUUACUGCAUCAGUGGAAAUUAAUUUAUCUAAUGCAAAAAUUACUACAGGAUUUUUUUCAGAGAACACAAUAAUUGUAGCAGAAGGUGAGAUGCUCUUGGAUGGUAUUUUUCAGGUUAGUACAUGUGGGUUUCCUCCAUUAGAGGACAGAGAUGAAUCCCUUGCAUCACUUUCGGGACUCGACUUCUUUGGCGGUGGUACACUAACUAGAGAGGAAACUCUCAGACUUGCAGGACUGGAAAAAAAGGCUGUGAAUGACAUGUUUGUGAUACUCUCUGAUGUUUGGCUGGACAAUGAAGAGACUAUGGGAAAGCUAGCGACCGUCCUGGAUGGUUAUGAGAAUGUGGAGGUGGUUCCUUCCCUAUUUAUCUUCAUGGGGAAUUUCUGUUCUCAUCCAUGUAAUCUUUCCUUUCAUUCUUUCUCAAGUCUUAGAUUGCAGUUUGGAAAGCUUGGACAGAUGAUUGCAUCUCAUCCACGACUAAAAGAGCAUAGUCAAUUUCUGUUUAUUCCAGGUCCUGAUGAUGCAGGUCCAUCAACAGUGCUUCCUAGGUGUGCCUUGCCUAACUAUCUGACUGAAGAGUUCAAGAAGUACAUUCCAAAUGCCAUAUUCUCCAGUAACCCUUGCAGAAUCAAGUUUUACACCCAAGAAAUCGUGCUUUUCCGUCAGGAUCUGCUGUACAGAAUGCGCCGUUCAUGUCUAGUGCCCCCUUCACCAGAAGAAACCAGUGAUCCUUUUGAGCAUCUUGUUGCCACCAUAACACAUCAAAGUCAUCUUUGCCCCCUCCCUCUUAGUGUACAACCCAUUAUUUGGAAUUAUGAUCACUGUCUUCACCUCUAUCCAAAUCCACAUACGAUAGUUUUGGGUGACAGAAGUGAGCAAAAGGCAUUCAAGUACACGGGAAUCAUGUGUUUUAAUCCUGGUUCCUUCUCAAAUGAGAGCACUUUUGUAGCAUAUCGACCUUGUUCCCAAGAAGUUGAACUGUCAGCCUUGUAAUCAUUGAAAACAGUAACUGCAUUAGUUAUUCUUUUCACAAUCAAAUGUCUAUUGACACUCAUGUUGGAAGGAACUACCAUCUUCUCCCACUUAUUAAGUGGAAUAGUUAGAAACUAGAAUUGAAGUUCAUAUAAUGUAAUAGCCUCUUUUAGAAAAUUUCUGAUGUAAAUUAUACUGCACUACUGUUUUGGCUUAGUAGAAAUAAUAGUUAUUCUGAUUUUAUUUUUUUUUAGUUUA